AUGACUGAUCUUGAGAGCCUCUACAGAAGGUUGAGCGCAACAGAGGCAAAAUGGUUCACGCGGCUCAUUCUGAAAAGCUACCAGCCGCUCGCUCUAGACCCGCACCUCAUAUAUCGACUGUGCGAUCCUGUUUUGCCUUGCGUUCUGAAGAUACAGGAUGAUUUUGCUACUGCGAUCACUUCCCUUCAAGCAAUACGAGGAAGGCUUCUUCCUAAUUGUGGGCGCAAAACACCUCGCGAACAGAUUAUGGGCACAAUCAAACCUCAACUGGGUGUCAAAAUUGGACGACAACCUUGGGUCAAAGGGCGCAGCAUUAAACAUUGUCUAGAUAUGGGUCAUGGACGCAUGAGCGUGGAGGAAAAGAUUGACGGCGAAUACUGUCAGAUUCACGUCGAUCCAAGCAAAGGGGAUCAAUGCAUACAGAUAUUCUCGAAGAGCGGCAAAGAUAGCACAGAAGACAGAGCAGCACUUCACGGGAUUAUACUAGAAUCACUUAAGAUUGGACAGCCCGAUGCCCGAGUCAAGAAAGCGUGCAUAUUGGAAGGGGAGUUGGUUGUAUAUGACGAUUCUUCUCUGAUCAACUUGAGGCAUUCGGAGAGAUUUAAGAUUCUCUCCAAUCUUGUCUGUUGCCGCAAAGGAUGGGCGAGCCUUGUUCCACGCCAAGUUAUUGAUUUUGGACAGCCUCUGCGAGCCUCAACUCUUCGUAAAGCUUUUGCCACGGUUAUUUUGGCUCGGAAAGAAGGUCUUGUCUUGAAACCAGAUGAGCCAUAUUUCGACUUUACAGACCAGAGACGGAAAUUUUCGAGCUGCUGUAUCAAGCUCAAGAAGGAAUAUAUUGGCAAUUUUGGAGAUGUUGGCGACUUUUCGGUUGUCGGUGCCAGAUAUGACCCAGCAAAAGCGUUGAGUUACCGAAUUCCAGGGCUCAAGUGGACUCAUUUCUAUGUUGGCUGCCUGGACAACAGACAAGCAGUCAAAAGCUGGGGCGCUACACCAGAAUUCACCAUUGUCAAUGUUGUAGAGCUGAACGAGACUCUCCUGAGAGAAGUUGUCACUUAUUCGAAUCCGGAGCCUGUUUCUCCCGACGACAAUGGGGCACUGGCUCUCAAACUGGCUCCCGGAGUUGAACAAGGGUCACCGCCGACGUUCAUAUUCACCAGGCCAUUGGUUUUUGAUUUGAAAUGCUUCAGUUUUGACCGAGUGGGAAAUACUGGCUUCUGGAGCCUCAGAUUCCCUUCGGUGACCAAAGUUCACUUUGACCGGGACUUCACUGAUACCAUGUCUUUCGAGCAGUUGCAGGUAUUGGCAAAGGAGGCUACCACUGCCGGCAGACUAGAAGAUAGCCAGGAGAAUCUGCAGUGGAUUGCAAAACUCGAAGCAGCUGACCCUCGUGGUAUUGCUGUUGACGCUGUAAGCCAGUUGACAGUGACUACUAUGCCAACACCGUCGCCUCGCAAAUCAACACAAAAUACCACCUCUACGCGGUCUCCAACGUCGCCUUUGGCUAUCAAAUCACCAGUUGAAGUCACCCCUUGCCGCGGCCGAAGCGAAAGACUUCACAGGGUCCCAUCUUUGGAUUUGCCUUCCAUAACAGCUACGCCAUCUUCGCGAGCUGACCCAUCGUCACGCACGAAAUUGUGCACCAAACACAAACGUGGCCUGCCCUCCACUGUACCAACUUCGCAGCACAAACGCUUGAAGAGUAGCAGUGAAUCAUCGAUAAGCCAAAAAGACUCCCCACACAUUGAUCUUGCCUCACAACCACGCGCGCCUCUUGCCGACAGGGACAACAACCUGCGACCUCAGCCCGCAAUGUCUUCUUGCGCACCAUGUUGUCCUGCGUCUCCGAGUGAGAGCUUUUUUGAAGAGUCCAGCAACUCCGAUGGGGUUAUCGCUGAAGUCGUACAGUUCAUCAUCGACCCAGGCACUGGCGAGCUUCAGACAGAGACCGAACCUGAGCGCCUGAAACCGCCAAUGACCAAAGUAACAACGGCAUUGAAAGGACAAUGUGUGCAUGCUGGCGAACACUGCAUGCUUGCAAAGGCAGUUGUACUCGUUUCGCCAGGCCUUCUCACCAUGAAAGAAGAAGCGAAAACACUUCUCGCUCAGCAUGGUGUUGACACCCCUGUCACUGAGAUCGACGCAUGGCUCAAAGCCGAGAAGGAGGCCAGACAGAAAGGGAAAACCACCACACCUUCAAAGGCUUAUGUUGUGUGCGAUAGCGACAACAAACUUGCGUUCAAGCACCUGGCGGCAAAGUUCAAGGAGCUUCGUAAGGACAAUCUUUUCAACAAAGGCACGCACAUCGAAAUUCACGACUGGCGCUUUUUGUCCUAUCUUACGACACAAGAAGACGAGUCUAUCGAAGAGAAAUACUUUCAUGGGUUCUCUGACUGGCGCAUGCGUUGGAAGCUUCAUACUAUCUAA